ACUUUGAAAAAAAACCAAACACCCAAAUAUAUAUCUACUUAUAUUUUCUUGUAUGUAUAUGUAAGUAAUCACAAAAAAAAAAUCUUGGAAUUUAAGAAUGUCAAAUUCUUCAAGUAAUUUUGAUUCAUUUGAAAAUAGCAUAAGUAGCUCAAAUUCAAGCAAUUUUCAUAACACUUGUUCUUCUAAAGAAUAUUGUUCUUCUGAUUCACCAACUGCUCAUCUUGGUUGGCCUAUUAGAAAAGCUCAAUUAUUGACCAAGGUUGAUCAAGAUAAUGGCAAACUGAAACCCCAUUUGGAUGUUGAUUCCAAAGCCCAAAUGGGUUGCAAAAUUUCAGAAAUGGAGAUGAUGAAAGAAAGAUUUGCAAAGUUGUUGCUUGGUGAAGACAUGUCAGGAAGUGGCAAAGGGGUUUGCACAGCUUUAGCUAUUUCAAAUGCCAUUACAAAUCUUUGUGCAACUGCAUUUGGUCAAUUAUGGAGAUUGGAACCUUUACAAAGCGAGAAGAAACAUAUGUGGCAAAGAGAAAUGGAAUGCCUUCUUAGUGUGAGUGAUCAUAUCGUUGAGUUAAUACCGUCGUGGCAAACGUUUCCUGAUGGAAGUAAGCUCGAGGUCAUGACUUGUAGACCAAGAUCAGACAUUUUCAUCAACCUUCCAGCUCUAAAAAAACUCGACAACAUGCUUCUGGAAAUACUAGAUAGUUUCAUCAACACCGAGUUCUGGUAUGUUGAUCAGGGAAUAGUAGCUCCAGAGGCCGACGGCUCAGGCUCGUUCCGUAAACCUCCACAACGUCACCAAGAAAAGUGGUGGCUUCCGGUGCCACGUGUCCCUUCUGGCGGCCUCCAAGAAGAGAACAGGAAACAGUUGACCCAUAAACGAGAAUGUGCAAGUCAGAUUCUAAAAGCAGCAAUGGCUAUCAACAGUAAUGUUUUAUCAGAAAUGGAGGUUCCUGAAUCAUAUUUUGAAGCUCUCCCAAAGAAUGGGAGAGCUAGUUUAGGAGAUGUUAUAUAUCGUUAUAUAACUUCAGAACAAUUUUCAGCAGAGUGUUUGUUAGAUUGUCUUGAUCUUUCAUCAGAACAUGUGGCUUUAGAGAUUGCAAACCGCGUUGAAGCAGCAAUAUAUGUGUGGCGCAAAAGGGUUCACUCAAGACCUAAUUUACCGCAGCCAAACAGGUCUGCAGCUAAAGCCUCGUGGGAUAUGGUGAAGGACUUAAUGGCUGAUGGCUACAAGAGGGAUUCACUAGCGGACCGAGCUGAAAGUCUUUUACUUUGUUUAAAACAUCGGUUUCCUGGUCUAACUCAAACCUCAUUAGACAUCAGCAAGAUUCAACACAACAAGGAUGUUGGAAAAUCGAUCUUGGAGAGCUACUCAAGAGUUCUGGAGAGUUUAGCAUUCAACAUUGUGGCACGUAUAGAUGAUUUACUUUACGUAGAUGAUUUAACUAGACAAUCAGACGAUCUAUCAUCCACGGUCAAUGUAACUUCACACAAACGAGUUGCAAUCCCAUUUAUACCAUCUUCAGGGACACCAUACAAAUCUGCUUUCGCUACUCCAAAGUUUUCUCCUGGACCCCUAGUAGCAGCCCCUAUAACGUGUGACAGAACUCCAUCAUUGAGCGGAAACUGCAACAAGCCUCCUAGACGUGGUUUUGGGGUUAAACGUGCAUUGACAAGCUAUCUAGCUGGCGAGACAAAGGGAAAGAGUAACGGUCCGUUGCUUGAAGCUCCUACCGGUUUACUUUCCAUAAGAAAUGGUGAUAUGCCGCCUGCUCGUGGUAGCAUCAGCGGGCCGUUGAGCGAGAAAGAGAACCGGAAUCCAACCAGGAUGGAAAGAUGAUCACAGUUUAAUCUGUUGUGUUAAAGUUCAUUUAGGUGUUAAAAGAUGUUAUAUGUCCUACACAAUGAGGAUCAUUAGCCCUCAUAGUUAAUUAACCUUUACAAUUUAUAUAUUCAAGAUUGUGCCUAUUCUUUUAUCCACUUCAUUUGGUUCACCAUAUAUUAUGGUGCAACCUUUAGGAGACUUAAGUUGGUUAGGAUUUAUUUGAAAAUAGAAUAGAAUUGAAUGUGAUGUAUUUUCUAAUAAUACUAUUUCUUUUAUGGAUCA